AUGGAAUUUCCUUCGAGUUAUAAGUUGUGUGCUGCGACCGCGGCACUGGCUGUGGGAUGUACUUUUUCCUACAUUGCUUAUAAACGCAGAGGAAGAGUACGCAAUGCAAACGAUGUAUUUAAUUAUUUGACUGUCGAAAUUGUGACUACUGAAGAAUCUUGCGACUCUGUCGUUGCUGAGUUGAAAAGGAGAUGUCAGAAACACCAUGCCUUAGGAUUUGACUGUGAAUGGGUCACAAAUAAUGGAAAGCGUCAACCUGUAGCAUUAGUUCAGCUAUCUUCCUUCGAUGGCUACUGUGGCCUGUUCAGGUUAAAUACAUUGAAGGCAGUACCUUUAUCUUUAAAAGAACUACUAGAAGAUGAGAGCAUUUACAAAGUAGGUGUGGGACCCAAAGAUGACAGCAAAUACUUGCAUAACGAUUACUCUGUGGAACUGAGGUCUUCGCUGGAUAUUAGACAUUUAGCCGAGUACUGUGGCUAUGAACCUGGAGGCCUGGCCACGUUAAGCUCCGUUCUCCUACGAGCCGCUUUGGACAAGAGUUGGAGGGUCCGUUGCAGUGAUUGGGAAGCUGAAGAGUUAUCAGAAAGACAAAAGAAGUACGCAGCGAUCGAUGCUCACGUAGCUAUCAAACUGUUCGCCCUGUUACUAGAGAAGGUCGAAGAGACCUAUUCAAAUUACUGGGAGCUUGACUAUAAUCCCGCAACUGUGUGGACUCGAUUAUACGACUAUUGCUCGAAGUAUGCUGAUGUCGGAUAUAAAACUAAACAUACUAUUAAAUUGAAGGACCACGCAAAAGAAAAAGACCCAAAGAUUAAGGAACCCACAAAGAGGUAUAAGCUCACAAAACGUACGCGACCUUUGUACAACAAUGGCUACCUACAAGCUCCUGACGGUGAACUAUUGUGUAUCUGUGACAAUAGGAAGGGAAUGUGGUUCGUGAACAAAGGCCUGGCAGAUUUGAUCAAGGAGGAUCCUCUCACAGUCCGACUGAAGUUCGAGCCCGCCGGCCGAGCGGUCGGUGACGUCGGCCGCUACUACCAACUGGAGAAGGAGAACAAAUGCGUCGUUUGCGCCAGCACUAAUCACUGCAUCCGUAAGAACGUCGUGCCCAGAGAGUAUAGAAAACUAUUCCCUGAAAUCAUGAAGGAGCAUUCUUCUCACGACGUGGUACUGUUAUGCGCUGAAUGCCAUCAAAUGAGUAAUAUUCGUGACCAGCAUAUGCGCGUUAGUCUAGCAGAGAAGUGCAAUGCGCCACUACCAUCCAGUUCCAAGGACAGAUUCAUUGAGGAUAUGGCUGCUAAGAAAGUAAGAUCAGCAGCGCGCGCGUUAUACCAUGCGAACGACAAGCUGCCGGAGGACAGGCGCAAGCAGCUAGAAGACAUCCUGCUGCAGCACUAUCCUGACCAGGAAGAGGUCACAUUGGAACUGUUAAAGGAAGCCUGUAAUAUAACUGUCGUAAGAGAGAAUACAGACUAUGAAUCACACGGUAUUAAAGUGGUAGAUUACUAUUUUAAACGUGCAAGUAUACUCAAAUUGGAACAAGAAUGGCGCGAACACUUCUUGAAGAACAUGAAACCUAAAUAUAUGCCUGCUUUAUGGUCCGUCAAACAUAAUGAAGAGAGAUUACGAGUGAAAUGGGACGAGGGCCGACUGACCCGAGAAGAUAUGAGAUCAAUUGGAUUGACAACAUUUUAA